AGCAGCAAUAUUUUUAUUCGAUUUCGACGUUUUAUCUUCAUAUAUUAGUUUUGCGAUAAUUUUAAUUUAUCUACAAAAAAACAAGUUUAGUUAAUCCAAACAAUCAAAUAAUAUUACAUUGAUUUUAAUUUUUACUUUUCUAAUUUAAAAGACAAACGUAAAACAAUACUACGAAAUUGAAUUCCUGUUUUCGUUCUUUCACUCAUGUGCAGUGCAAUGUAAUGUGAUAGUUGGCUAAUUUUCCUGUAUUUAGUAUCGGACUUCGACCAUGAAAUCCAGUAAACGAAGACUUCAAGCGCUUACAGAAGGCUCUGAUGGACUACCAAAUUACAUUAAAAUGGACGAUUCUGAAACUUCUAUACCCCCAGUACUUAGAUCUCGUUUGCAUGAUCUAUUUUCUCAAAUAGAAAAAGAGUUUGACCUUCUCUACGCUGAAAAUUUAAAUCUGCAAGAAAAAAUUGAUAUACUUAGUGAAAAACUAGAAAGGGAGAGCAAUAUAGGCGAUAGACAGAAUCAAGAUUUCAUUGAAUUUGAAACCACAGGCAAGAAUUCUAAAGUAAAAUUAGCUCAAAGUAACUCUCAGAAAGUAAAAGCAAGUCAUAAACUCCGUGUUCAGACCAGUAAGAUAGUGUCCAGCUUUAAAGCACCUACAUACAAUUGCCAACUUGUAAGAGAGUUCACAGGACACAAAGAUGGUAUCUGGGAUGUGUCUUCUGCAAGACCAGGGCAGGCAUUAUUUGGAACUGCUUCUGCUGAUCACACAGCAUGUGUGUGGAGCGUUGAGUGGGGAAAGUGUCUGCUACAGUAUACAGGUCAUUCGGGAUCUGUCAACUCAAUCCGUUUUCAUCCAACAAGGGACAUAGCUCUUACCAGCAGUGGUGAUAACACUGCACAUGUUUGGCAGGCUGCUGUUAACUGGGAUCUACCGCGAGGACAGUCUUCAGAAGAGGAACUAGAAGGUGGGGGUGAGGAGAGUCUAGGUGAAGGUGGUGAUCGACCAGAGGUGCUACGAACACCCCUGACUGAACUUACUGGACAUAUAGGUGUGGUGGUAGCGGCGGAUUGGUUGACUGGAGGUGACCACGUGAUCACAGCCUCAUGGGACAGAACUGCCAAUUUGUAUGAUGUUGAAACUGGAGACUGCUUACAGAUUCUCACAGGUCACGAUCAUGAAUUAACGCAUGCUUCCGCGCAUCACAGCUCCCGACUUGUAGUGACUGCUUCAAGAGAUACCACUUUCCGCCUUUGGGACUUCCGCGAGCCGAUUCAUUCUGUCUCAGUGUUCCAGGGACAUACCGAAAGUGUCACGUCAGCUGUGUUCACUCGCGAGGAUAAAGUAGUGUCAGGGUCGGACGAUAGAUCUGUUAAGGUAUGGGAUGUACGUAAUAUGCGAUCAGCGUUAGCGACAAUCAGGUCUGAUUCAUCAGUGAACCGUGUGGGAGUGAGCAGCACCGGGCUGAUCGCGAUCCCACAUGACAACAGACAGGUGCGUCUAUUCGACCUGCAAGGGCAGCGGCUAGCAAGAUUGCCCAGAUCUAGUCGACAGGGCCACCGACGUAUGGUUACGUCCGUGGCAUGGGCGGAGGACUUAUCCAAUAUUAACUUCUUCAGCUGUGGUUUUGACCGUCGCAUUUUAGGCUGGUCCAUUCAGCCUUCGAAGGAGAAUUGAAUGGUGCAUGUCGUCGAUAUGUUCUAAUCGUUGUGAAAUGUUUCCAUUUUUUUUGGUUUUACCUUGUUUUUAUGUGGCCGUGUUAAAAACUGUCUGCGUUGGCGGACGUAUUCACGUUUUCGAAAUAUAUUCUUUUAUUUCUCAGAUAUGCUGGUUUCCUCACGAAGUUUUACUUCAACGCCGAGCAUGUGGUAAAUCAGCAAUUAAAAUUGCAUUUAACAAAUUUUUUUUGGUGAUUUUGGUGAUCGUACCCAAGUUGCUCGCGUACUGUGAAAUUUACAGCGAUCUUAACCCGCGAGCUGCCGCUACGGCUACGGCGGUGGGAUGCAUAUUUACAACUUAUUUUGUUUUUAUUUAUAACAUGAACAUCAUCUUUUCUCUAUAUAAAAAUAAAUUGCUGUUCGUUAGACUCGCUAAAACUCGAAAACGGCUCGAACGAUUUUGAUGAAAUAUUUUGUGUGCGUUUGAGUGGAUACCGCCAUGGUUUAGAUUCACAACUGAAUCUGGAAUUGGUAGGUGGCGCUGUUGUCCAGAAAUAACCGGUACGAAGCCGGGGCGAAUCGCAAGUUAUUAUCAUAUUCAUACAUAAAAUGACUAAUGCCAGAAAGACCUCGGGGUCUCCAAUAUAUGGCGGUAUAACUUUCGUCGCAUGUAAAAUAUCCAAACUGAUGACGGGAAAGCAGUGUCAAAUGUAAACUUCUGGUAAUACGGUCGCCCAUCCACUUGCCAAUUGUAGUCAUUAUAGCAAACUUUCCCUGUUAUUGGAGGGCCAAGUUCAGCUGUGAAAUGCUAAGGCAUAUAAAGAAAAAACGAAAAAUAGAUACGUACACGAUUUUAAAUUCUAAAGAUUAAAUGUUAAAGGGCUAUUUAUUUGGUCGUUAUCAACAUAACUGUCACAAUUUAUGUAAAAUGUGGUUUACAAAUUUUACAAAAUGACAAGUCGCUAUCAAACUAUUAAAUUUAUUUAAAAGUCUUAUGCAUAUGAAUGUUAUAUAUUUUAUUGUAAUUGUGAUUUAGUAAACAGUGUGUGUUCUACAUAAAUGCUACUUUAUUUGCGGUUUGAGGUAAAAGUUAUUUUUUUUUCUGUGAUGUUAGGUAGUGGGGGAGGGAAUUUCAAAGCGGUUUACUGUAUUACUUAACGUUAUAUGUACUAAUAACAUUAUGUUUGUGUAUAAAUAAGUGCAUAUUGUAUUAUAGUAUUUAUUAAAUUCAUUACAGCUUUGUAUACCCAUGCUAUGGAAUCCUUGGUGGUGUGUGACGUUGACAUUUAAUAUUGAAAUAUUAAAAUGUGACAAGCUUUUUCUUUACCUUUAAUUAGUAGAUUCUACUAUAGUAUACAAACCGUAGGGCAUGAGGGGUAUGUACAAAGCAGUGGAUACACUUUUAAACUCAUCAAUGUUUUGUCAAUAAAUUAAAAAAAAUUAAAAUCCCAAAUUAAUAUUAUAUAUAAGGUUCAAAUAAUUUUCUUUCUUGUGGUUCUGAAAAAUUUCAUUCAUUAUGCUUUGUGCAAUACUUUCAGAUUUUUGAGGAUUGUAGGAUGCACAAAGAAUUAAUAAAUAUAAAUUGUUGUAAGGGAAUAUACCUAUAACUGUAUUGUUGGAUUUUAAAGUUUUAUUAGAAUAAGAUUUUCUGUAAUAAUAUUUAAGUAAGUUGAGUACUUGGUGUAUAUCAGAGAUAUUAGAAAUAUAGAUAGUCCUUAACAAAAUAAAGUAAUUUAGUUAUUGAAAAUCAGUGUAUUUGAUGAUAAUUAGAUUAGUGAUAUUUGUCAAUUUUUUUUGUUUUGGUAACAGUAAUUCUUAUUAGUAAACUUCUUAAACAAAUUACAACUUGUAAAACUUAUUGAUUCCUUGGGCUAAUGUUCAACUUGACAUUUUUUGUUAUAUGAUAAGGAUAAACAUGCAGUGGAAAAUUAUAUAUUGUCAGUUUGAUUUUUUUAAAUACUUAUAACAAAUACUUUUUAAACAUAUCUUUAACCAACCAGUGAAUAAUUGACGAACAAGUUUAAAAUAUUAUAUAAAUUCUCAAACUAGUCAACAAGUAACAAUUUGUUGUGAACCAAAGAGCUCAAAGUAAUUUUUGCUAUCAAAUAAUCUGUUUUGUCACUUAUUACAUUAUAGAUUUUACAAACUAAAACUUUAAACUGUCGUAAAAAUUUAAAAUUCGGCCGUAAAUGCCAUAAACGUAUAUAUUUAAAGAUAAAUAACAUGAGGGCAAGACUCGCGAUGGGCUGUAUUGACGAAAGAUAAUUAACAUUAUAUUAUAUUAGUUGAAAAUAAAAGAAUGUUUUGACAUGUUACAUUCAUUUAUUUAUACACCAAUUAAGCAAAUUUUGUUAUGAUACAUUAAAUCAUUAUAUAUAUAUAUAUAUUUUGAGAGCUUUAGUUAUAAAUAUAAUAUUAUGUAUUACAAGAGUAGCGCAAAAGCGGUUAAAGAAUGGGAUUGAAAAUGGCGUCGCCUCUACACACCUCUCGCUCGCACAUUGUCGCUAUCUAUACUCACAUCCGCCGGUAAAGACUGCAAAAAAAUACGUUGUUAUAUGCGUACGAUCUAUAUAAUUUUAGUCCAAUUUGUCAUUGGAACCAAUGAUAAAACAGUUCAAUCAGUUUUCGCUAAUUUGUGAGCUACAAUAUGUUCUGAGAGUUUUUAUUUUAUAAUUAUCGUUGAUUUUUUGUAUAAAAUAUUUAUAUGCUAUUGAGAUAUGAGUAACCGUUUUUAAAAUAUUCCUUUGUUUGUCUUCCGAGAUAAUAUUCGAAAUGGCUACCGAUUUUAAUAAAACUUUACGAACAAAUAGAAAAUAAUAUCAGGAGUAACGCCACAUUAAUAGUUUCCACCCAGGAGAAACCAGAGCGGAUCGCUAGUUAUAAAUGUUAUUUUAAAAUUAAUGUUCCUCCUUGCGCAUACAGUUAUUUUCAAAUAUUUUACAAUUAAUAGAAAAUAUACUAUUAACCGAAUAAUAUAACGUUAUAACUUACAAUGAUAUACCGUUAUUGGCGGGUAUUCGCUAUUGGUAUUGCGGUUGUUGACGGUGCGGGCUCGAUGAGCCGCCAUUUCUAUUCCCAUUCUUUAUCCGUACGGACUGUACCUUGGAAAGUUAGCUUAAAGAAAGUAAGGAAACAUUAAACCAAUAUUAAAGUGUAUUUGCUAGGUUUCUUUUGGUAGCCAAUGUAGCCAUGGCAAAAAUGUGUGCAAACACGGUAUUUGAACUGUGCUUAUUCACCUUAGGCAUCAUGCUAGUAGUUGUCAUGAAUUGUUAUAAAACUAUUCCUAGAAAUGCUUUAAUAUGAUGUUAGUUUAUAUAUUCGAAUAUUCAUUCAUUUUAUAAUAGUGCUUAUCACACAUUAACGUAAUUGCAUUAUGAAAAGAAUUAUAUUUUAUUUAUUUUGGUCAUAAUCUGUUGUCAAUUUGUGAAUACGAAAAUGGAAUUUUUUUUCUGUUAUUAAGCUCUGUUUCGAGUUUUGUUUCCUUCUAGCUUUAAUUAUUAACUGUGUAACAAUAGAAUAGGCACUUUUUUUUUUCAAAUAAUAUAUCAAAACAUAAUGAGAAAUUUAUUUGUGCCAAAAAUAUUUUGCUAAUUUUUGUUAUUUGUACAUUGAACUUUGGUUUUUGUUGUUAUUUAAAAUCACACUGAUACAAAACUUUAAAUGUAAGUAGAGGCGGUAUAGGGUACCAUGUAAUUGCAUAUAAAUAAUCGCUUUUUAAUUUUUCAUCGUUUUGUAGAUUCAAUAUUAAAAAUAUAAUAAUAAAUGGAUAUAGUUUUGGAAAACCCAUAGCUUAAUUUAAAAAAAUACACUGAUAUUGUCAGUUAUUCUUGAAGGGAUCUGAGUAUUUUUGUUAUGCCGAAUAUGGUAAGAAAUAUAUAAUGUAAAAUACUAAUU